GACCUGGACCACAGUUUAACGCCCAAAAUGGCGGCACGAUUGAAAAGUUUUGCCUGUUUCAUCCGAGUUUGUCUUCUUCACAGACUAUUUCUGUAGUUGUUCUAGCGGCACUGGAGCAUAUCAUUUUCACCCUGGUGGCACACCGGCAUUUUUUCUAAUGGUUGCGGAAGGAGGCAAAAAUCAGGAUGGCGCUUUGCUAUCAGCUCAAAUUCGGGCAUCACUUUACCAAUGUUAGGCUAAGCUAAGCUAAGCUAGGCUAGGCUAGCAGGCUAACUACUGUCAGAUGAGUGCUGGUUAAAACCUUCGGUAGUUAUGUCUUGUCUCACCUGGAUCUCCGCGCUGAACUGAAUAUGUAGAAGAGGACCUUUACAUAGAAAUGGAGGAUGAUGUGAAAAAAGUGAAAAAGCCUGGUAUCGUGUCUCCGUUCAAGCGAGUCUUCCUGAAAGGAGAGAAGGGGAGAGACAAGAAGGCCCAGGAGAAAGCCACUGAGCGCAGGGCCCUCCACACCUUCUCACUCUCUCAGCCUGACCACCGAAUCGACCCUGACAUCCUGCUCAAUGACUACAUUGAGAAGGAAGUCAAAUACUUGGGGCAGCUGACAUCAGUUCCGGGAUACUUGAACCCAUCAAGUCGCACAGAAGUGCUGCAGCUCAUUGACACUGCAAGGAAGUCACAUCAGUUGGCAGGCCAGCUGACAUCAGAGCAGGAUGCAGUGGUGAGCUUGUCGGCGUACAACAUAAAGCUUGUAUGGCGCGAUGGAGAAGACAUCAUCCUGAGAGUGCCCAUCCAUGAUAUUGCUGCUGUCUCCUACAUCAGGGACGACUCUUUGCACCUUGUGGUGAUCAAAACAGCCCAGGAAUCAGGAGGUUCUCCUUGUCCCAGCUCAUGUCCUGAUCUCAACAAGUCUCAGACCCUGAGCUCCUUAUCAGAGAGUGGAGCUGUGCUUGUGGAAGUCUGCUGUCUGCUUGUGCUAGCCGUUGAUAAUAAGGCAGCAGCAGAGGAGCUGUGUCUUUUGCUCAGUCAGGUCUUUCAGAUCGUUUACACAGAAUCAACCAUCGACUUCUUGGACAGAGCUAUUUUUGAUGGAGCAACUACACCUACCAGACACUUUUCUCUAUACAGUGAUGAUUCUUCAAGCAAAGUGGAUGUUAAGGAGGCCUUUGAAGAGGAAGCUAGCACAUUUCCUUUCCAGGAGGCAGAAGAAAACUCACCAUCUGCUUCCACCCCAGCAUCCCCUCAGACGAAGACUGCGAGUGAAGGAGAGCUCAGCACCACUGCUGCAGAGCUGCUGCAGGACUACAUGACCACACUGCGGACAAAACUGUCAUCGCAGGAGAUCCAGCAGUUUGCUACCCUGCUCCACGAAUACCGUAACGGUGCCUCCAUCCAUGAGUUCUGCAUUAACCUGCGACAACUCUAUGGGGACAGCAGGAAGUUCCUCCUUCUUGGCCUGCGUCCCUUCAUACCUGAGAAGGACAGCCAGCACUUUGAGAAUUUUCUCGAGACCAUCGGUGUGAAGGACGGCCGGGGCAUCAUUACAGACAGCUUUGGUCGUUACCGACGCACAGCCAGCUCCGCCUCCGAUUCCACUACCAACGGCAACGGAGCAGCAGGGGGGAGCGCUGCCUCAGACGAGGGCCAGGAGGCCUCCGAGGGAGACGAAUGGGACCGCAUGAUCACCGAUAUCAGUAAUGACAUUGAAGCUCUCGGCUGCAGUAUGGACCAGGAGGGAGUGACGCCCUGACGAACAAAGCGAGGUAUUUUUUAUUGCAAGAGCUGACAUAGAAUGGCAGCCCAAUCCAAACGAACAGUAGGCAUGAGCUGAACGGAUCAGAUGAAGGUGGUCCUUAGCACUGACCUAAGAUUUGGUUAAUUGUAUUUUCCUCUAAUUGUCAAGAGGACAUUCCAUAGUCCCUGUGCACUCACGGAAAACCUCAACCUGUUACCACAAAAAACAUGAAGUCAACAAAUGCACUUACGCAGACCCAGACACACAGUCAGUUGGCUAUUUUUGCAUUUUAGAGGGAUUCAUAGCCUCUGCUAUAUUUUUAAAGUUGCUUUGAUUUUUGUACUCAUUUAUUGGCAGUAUCUGCCACUGCUGUCAGCAAUGUAGCGUAAAUCUACAGAGCCUUUUUAGAGUAUUUCAGCCCUGUUCUGAAUACCCUCAAAGACUCUGGAGAAUCCAUCAGAGGACUGUGUACAUGGUUUUUAGAAGGUUUAGACUGAGGCUGUACUGGUUUGUGCUUUUGUAUUGCUAUAGUUCAAUCAGCUUCAUCCACCAGGAGAACAUUUUCUUCAUUUAUUCCACAUUUGUGUGUUGCUGUGAGAGUGUAACAUUUUGCUUUAUAUAAUUUUGUUCUUCAGUAAGAUUUGUGUACCACUUUGUUUUUACACUAUCAUUUGUUAUCAGUGUUUACUCAUUUGUAUAAUUUUGCCUUACUCAAACUGACCAAGGAAAUGCUGUAAAAACAAAAAUUCUCAUUCAGUUCAAGCUAAUUGAGUGGGGACUGUAUUUGACAAAGCCAGUUAGCUUAUGGCUGAUGUAAAUUUAUGAUUUUAGAUUUUUGUUCUUCUCCUGCAGGUCAUCUUGUUAUGUCUUGUGAUAUUACAUUUAUCUGUCAUUGUGCCUUUACACUGCAGUACUGCUGCCAACUGUCUGUCACACGCAGACGGGUAAUUAUGAACUGUAACUACAGUUGUUGAGCAAAUCAUGGUUAUUAAAUAACAGCUACUUUA